CCGUUAGUUACGAAUCUCUCCCUCAUCUCCAUUUUCCUUCGUCUUCUUCACCGAUCUCCUCCUCCUCCUCCUCUUCUUCUUCUGCUUCUUCCUCUUCUUCUGCUUCUGCUUCUGCGUGCCAGUGAAAGGUUCGUUGCGGCGAUCUCCGUUCCGAUCGGUUGCGUCUGCUUUGGAUUCACCGAGCUCGUUGUUUGGGCAGUGGAGCGCCGCCGGUAGCUGUCGCGAUGGUUUCGUUCGAGAUGAAUGACCGCAAAAAAAUCGGGCUAGGCUUGACUGGAUUUGGUAUCUUCUUCUCAUUUCUGGGGAUCGUCUUCUUUUUUGACAAGGGACUGCUUGCCAUGGGAAAUAUUCUCUUCAUAUCAGGAGUCUCUUUGACUAUAGGACCGAAGUCGACCAUGCAGUUCUUUAUGAAAAGGCAAAACUUCAAGGGAACAAUCUCGUUUGGUGUUGGCUUCUUCUUCGUUAUUAUAGGAUGGCCCAUUCUUGGCAUGAUUGUGGAAUCAUAUGGUUUUGUCGUUCUUUUCAGUGGUUUCUGGCCGACUCUAGCAGUUUUUCUGCAAAGGAUACCUAUCCUCGGUUGGUUAAUUCAGCAGCCAUACAUUAGAUCGUUCUUUGAUCGUUACCGAGGGAGACGUGUGCCCGUAUAGUUCUGAACUUGCAGAGCGGGCAAUACCUCUGGUUUUUGUGUCUGCUUUAAGCCCCCAUGUAACAUAUGGAUUUAUGGAGACAAAUUUUUUCUGCCUCUCUCUCGUUGGAAAUGGCAAUUGAUAGAAGGUGUCAUGACUCGUGUUAUAUGAAUGAGGAAGAAGGAAAUUUUACGUGAUGUAGCGGGAUCUGUAGUGUCUCUUUCCUUCGUUUGGUGGUGAUGAUUGACCAUCCUCGACUGCAUCCCUUGGGCUUCUUUUCCCAGAUUAUAAGUGAACAAUUAGAUUUUGAUUUGUUGCAAAAAGAUGUAAUCUAACCUUGCAUAGCACUGUCCAUAUACCAAAAAAAUAUAGCUUUGCUCGGUUUUUCCCCUUUC